AAUAAAACGCCAGCGCCCUGUUUUCUCUUCUGUUUUAUUUUUGAAGGACGCCAAGGUUUUGAUAAGUUCGUGCCAGUUCUUCUUGUUGAGGAGAAAAUGGGAGAAAGGAAAGUGCUGAACAAGUAUUACCCACCGGAUUUUGAUCCAUCGAAACUGCCCCGGAUCCGACGACCAAAGAACCAGCAAAUUAAGGUCCGGAUGAUGUUGCCCAUGAGUAUCCGGUGCAACACUUGUGGCAAUUACAUUUACAAAGGCACCAAGUUUAAUUCUCGCAAAGAAGAUGUCAUUGGCGAGACAUAUCUUGGAAUCCAACUUUUUAGGUUUUACUUCAAAUGCACAAGGUGCUCGGCUGAGUUGACUAUGAAAACAGAUCCGCAAAAUUCAGAUUAUGUGGUGGAGUCUGGUGCAACUCGUAAUUUUGAACCUUGGCGUGCUGAGGAUGAGGAAGCAGACAAGGAGAAAAAGAAGAGAACUGAUGAAGAGACAGGGGAUGCAAUGAAAGCUCUGGAGAACAAAACAUUGGAUUCCAAAAGAGAGAUGGACAUCCUUGCUGCACUUGAUGAAAUGAAAUCUAUGAAGUCUAGACACGCCACUGUCAGUGUAGAUGCAAUGCUUGAGGCUUUGCAGAGUACAGCUGCAGAAAAGGAGAAGAAGUUGGAAGAAGAGGAUGAAGCCCUUAUCAGAUCACUAUUCCAAAAACCAAAAGAAAUUGUUCGAAGGAUUUCUGAUGAAGAUCUUGAUGAUGAUGGAGAUUUUUUUCAGCUUGCAAGUGAAAGCAGUGAAAAAUCAAACAAUAACUUGAAGAAGAGAAAGGUUUCUGAAGAAAUUCCAAGUAAGCCAACAGAUUCUUUAACAGAAGACAGUGUUGACAGCUCCAGCAAUAGAGAAACUCCGACUGAUUCAGGGAGCCAAGGUGAUUCAAAGCUGCCUCGGAAAACUCCUUUGGUUAGGAUAUCAGUUAUCAGAAAACCAACUGUGGCCAGUGACACCAAAGUUGCUGCAAAAUCUGAGAGCAAACAACUAGAAAGCACUGGAUUGCUAUCACUCUGCCAAAACUAUGAUAGUGAUGAUGAGUAGUGUAGUUUAUUGUACAUCAAAACUCUUAACACUUUUCUUGG